AUGGUCAACUCAGGGUGCCUCUCGCACCUACCGGAUACUCGAGAUAACCCCAGACCACUAGACUGGAUUGAGAAGCUAGACCCAAGCAGUUACGGCCACUUCGAGGAUCCUGAGACUCAGCAUAUCACAUGGUGUAACGAUCGUUCCUGUAUGACGACACGCGAUUUGAUUAAGUUCUAUACUAUCAUCGCUCAGGCUGAGUCUUUUCAAGGUGACUUCUCCCGUGAGAAGUUAACAGAAACACUGGAAUCUUUAGACCACUCAGUCAAGGGAAAAGUCAAAAGUCAGAUUAGCUGUAUUACUUGCGUUGGCCAAGAUAAACUACCUAUCGGUGGUGCUACACGGGCCGGGGUAAUUAGAGCGGAAAGUUUGGAUUGUAUAUAA